CAGAAUGACAUGGAGGCCCAGGAGAUGGUCCUGGAGUUCACCAUCCGCAAACGUGCACAUAACCUGGAGCAGGCCAGGGACGAGCUCAAGUGGCAACUGAAGAUUACUCAAGAUGAGGUCCAGGAGCUCCAGAAGGACAUCCGGGGUCUGGAGAUGGACCUGAAUGCCAAGCAGGGCUUCCUGAAGCUGGCCCACACCCGCCUGGAGAACCGCACCAAGCGGCCAGGCGUCGACCUCUGCUGGGACGAGGUCCAGUAUGGGCUGGUGGAUGAGGUGAAGCAGCUGGAUGCUACUGUGCAGACUCUCACCCAGAAGCUGGCCCAAGCACGUAACUCGCUGCAGGAUCUGCAGGAGCACGAGGCGUGCAUGCAGGAGGACCUGUCCCGCAAGGAGGAGGCGCUGGCACUGCUGCGGCGUUGCCAGGAGGGACGCCAACGCAUCGCCGCCGCCAACGCCCAGCCCGAGCACCCCACCUCCAUCUCCGGAGCCCUGGCGCUGAUCGGCACCACCGCCGGAGCCGUCGUACCGCUCACCAACUCCAGUGGCAGGCACAGCGUGACCAAGGCGUGAA